AAAUUCUUGCAGUGUUUUUAAACAAUCAUUAGAUGGCAUAAAUACUCGAUUGGAUACUCUGAUAAAUAAUUCUAAAAGUAAACAGGACGAUUGCAACUGUAAAGGGGUCACUCUUAACGAUGAUGUGGAUAAACAAUCCACAACAGCAACGGAAGAGGAAAAUUUUAUCAAGAAGACAUUAUUCGAUGUUCGCAUUGAUAAGUUGCCCGAAUCUAAAAAGAAACAUUGUAAAGAGGACCCUGAACCAAAGGAUUGCAAAUCGGCUACUAAAUGCACUCUAAAAAGUGGAUAUUAUAAAAUAUAUUUAUCAGAAGAGAAACAAGUUAUGGUUUUUUGUGACAUGAAUAUCGCUGGUGGCAACUGGAUGCACAUUUUAAGACGAAUUGAUGGUUCACUAGAUUUUGGAGGAAGUAGGUCCUCUUAUCUACUAGGAUUUGGCAAUGUAAAGUCAGAGUAUUGGAUUGGUCUUCAAAAUCUUUAUGCUCUUACUAACAAUAAUGGCCGACAGCUAUUAUAUGUCCAUAUGGAGGAUUUUGAAGGAAAAGCGUAUUAUGCUCUGUAUGAUAAUUUUAUCGUAGGAGGUGCCAAUGAAAGAUUCGAAUUAAAAUCUGUAGGCAAUUAUAAUGGCACUGCUAUCGAUGGGUUGUCAUAUAAUGUCGGUGGUAAAUUUUACACAUUCGAUUAUUGCUUUUGAAAUAACCUACUAUUAUGUCCCACACAAUAUGACGGCGGUUGGUGGUUUAGAAAAGAUUGCUCAACAACCACACCUACUAAUCCCUAUUUCGACAGCGAAUUGGAUUAUGUUGGUAUCAAGUGGCAUGAAUAUAAAAGUCAACCGUAUUUCUAUAAAAGCAUGUAUUUUAUGAUUAGAAAUUUUUAAAUAUUUUCUAAAUAAAUUUAAAUAAAUUUUAG